AUGCUCUGGGGACUCCUAUUUGCUCCUCGAAUCAAACUGUUCUAUCUGCUGAAAUUCCAGCCAAUGAUAGGCCGUCAAACAUCGUGCUUGAACCAAUGUUUAGCCCAGAUCAGUUCAAGUAGGUUCCCUGAUUUUGUUGGCUUGAUUAGAUUCGCAUUCAGACUCUUUCAAAAAACCUUCUUUCACUUUAUAACUCAUUCAACAAAAAUCCAGAGAAAUGUUUUUUGCAGAGCAGCCGCUCCAAGUGUGGAAUUUUCUUUAAUGUGUGAACGGCAGCGGGCAACGGUUGUGAGUGGAGUAACGGACUACGUGGUGGACAAAGAUGGAUCUACGUUAAUGCUCACAACCGGGGAACAGCAUUUCAGAUAUGUGAAUGGUAGUCUUCUGCCCCUAGCCACCGGAAGCGUUGCUAAUGAUUCGAUAGCAUCUUCCGGCUUUGUGUUCGACACACAGUUCUGCCCUUCUGAUUCACAACUAGUCUCCUACGUGCUCAAUAAGCAGGUUCACGUUGAACGCGAUGGUGUAUUGAUCUACAGAACAACAUGUUCUAAUCCGAAUAUCUCAAACGGUGUACCGCCCUUCAUUGCACAAGAGGAACUGGACCGAUUUCAAGCAGUUUGGUGGAGUCCAACAUCAACUAGGUUAUUAUACGAACGGGUUGACGAAACAAUGGUGCGCUCGUUAAUGUUCGUCUGUCCUGGGAGAGAACCACAAGCGCCAAUGAAAUAUCCUGUUGCCGGUACAGACAACGCUGUAACUGAAUUACGACUUAUCGUUGUUAACGGCAACACAACACCUUUGAAGAUGAAAUUUCCAUGGGUAGAGUAUAUUGCACGUGUUGGCUUUCUAAACGACGGAAAAACAGUAUGGCUUCAAGUUAUGAAUCGGACUCAAUCACAAGCAGCACUCAUACUGUUGCCUGAAUCUGAUUUUGAAGGAUUCAGUGCAACAGGACCAAUUCGUGAAGCAUGCGUGAUGAAAGAUGAGAUCUCAAACGCCUGGAUCAAUUGCGCUCAUGUACGAAAGUGUUAUAGAGGCGAAGUGGUGAAUCUUCAAGAACGUGUCGUUACUCAAGGCGACUUCUCGGUGUGCAAGUCAACGAGUGUGGUGAUCGACGAGAACCGAAGGCUUGUUUACUACAUCGCCAACGUUCGUCAUCCAACUGAAUGGAACGUAUGCGUGUCCAGUUAUGAUGAAACUUCUAACGAAGUGCGGCGGUUGACUGAGAGUGGAUCAUCCUUCAAAGGUGAACGAGCGUGCCACCAUUUAUGUUUGUUGCCGUCUGAUGGAUUCGUUUGCUGGAUGACUUCCCUUAGCCAGCCUCCACAGUGUCGUUUCUACGCAUUAGCGUUUUCCGAUAAUUCAACGCUACCAACCGCUACACUUGUUGCUCAAGUAAGCUAUUGUUUUUGCAAUCACAGCAUAAUCGGACGUACUUGGGCUCUACCUUAUCUACUCCUGCUUGAUCAGAAGGCAGGCCUCUACUUAGAGAAAAGCCCUUUUUUUUUCGUUAACAGAGCACGUUUUCAAUAUCAAAACAUGAGCAAAAACCAUUCAUUUUGCCUUCGAAGCUCCAGGAUACCGGCGUGCCCUCAGUCUUUUGGUGACUACGAUGUUACUUUAGGCUCUCAAGAUUGUUCGCGGUCAUUUUGUUGA